AUGCAGGGCUCUGCAUCCUACCCUGCUGCUCUUGGGGGAAGCAAAUGGAUCGCGAGCUUCUUAGCGAGACACCGAUAUGACGAUGGCAUCUACGUCCGUACCUCUACCAGAGCUUCUUCGCCGCAAGAAGUCAAAUUCCGUGACUUUGUCAAGAAGAGUAAAGCGGAGCUGAAAAAACUACGCAACGCAAACGAAUCUGACACAGAACGAAACAGCAACAAACUAUCCUGGGAAAAACUGUUCGACACAAAGUCAGGAAACAAGCUUCAUAAGCGGGCAAAGUCCGCUCCGAGUGACAUCCAUGUCCCACAUCAGCUCGAUCCCAUCACUGAAGUCGGUGAAAGUAGCGAGACACAAGCCAAUCUCGUAUCUGUCAGCACUUCAUCUCGAAAGCCUGUCGGCCAGAACACUCAAUGCUCUGCUAUCAGUCAAACUAACGGGGACGACGUGUCUGUUAUGACAACAUGUACAACUAUAAUCCAGCAAGCUAACCUUCAGGGCAUCUCUGAAGGGGAUGCUCAUGAUGCCACUAUCAACGAUGAAGGCAUCGCGAUCGGCGGACGAAACUGUACAUCCAACCCAUCCACGCAUCUCAGCAGUAGGAACUCAAGUGCCACCGAAGACGAAGGUCCUUCUCAAGACGAAAGCGAAAACACAUCAGAUGGCCAUGGUGCCUCAUUGGCACGUUACGAGCUUCUCAAAUCUCAAAGAGAAUACUUUGAAAAGGAUGUUCGACCGGUAGAGAAUGCUCACCAGGACAAAACUGGUCGACAGGAGGUGACUGCUCGACAGGAGGAUAAUGUUCUACAGAACGAGAACCCUGGGCAGGCACACCCAAACAACAACGAUCUCACAAGUAAAUCGUCGCCAAAAUUCUCACUGAGAUCUGUCUUGAGUAUGCUUAUGGGCAGCCACAAGUCCGAUAGAGAGACAAAACCCAAGAGUGAUGGAAACAGAGAGCUGAAGGACAAGAGCGAAUUGCCAGCUCGAUGGAAAAUAUUGCUGGUUGGAAAGACAAAGUCUGGGUCUUCCACUAAGAGCAAUUCCCAAUCCUCCUCGCAGAAUCUCGGCCAGAGUGAUGCGCAGCCUACCAAUCAAAUUGUCGAACAAGAUAGAACAUUCAAGGGCCUUGAUUGGAAACUUCCAGCUGAGAAAAAUGAAAUGGGCCAGCUUAUCCGAGAGUUCUCUGGCGACCUCAAUCCUGCCACGCAAGAAUUGGCUCACGAGACCCCUGUGUCCUCAAUGACUCUAAGCCUCCAUUCGUAUCCGUCAAAGUUUGAUGUUUCGAUGGAUCAAAAUAUCCCCCCUCGGCCUGCAAUGACCCCGGUCUCAUAUUCUGACAACCAACGAGUGCACGAUGAGUCCACUAGCCAAGACGCUCUGGUUGCCAUGGAAGUUCACAUGGAGAACAAGCAGGCGCAGCUUGUAGAAAUCCAGACCCGAUCUGACCGAAUCAUGAACCAAGCUACUCGCAGUAUCGCCGACCAGAAUAAAGCUCCGCAAGGAACAGUCGAGCGCGACACAACGAAUGAUGUCCACCCACCGCAAACCUGGCAGCACGGAGGUGACCCUACAGAGGUCGAGACUGUUGAACAGGCAUAUGCCCGUCACCGAAGUUCUCUUGCAGUUGUUGAUCGAAUUCGUAGCAUUGGGCUGCUUGGACCAAGCAUGGACGAAACGAGCUCAAUCGCCGCAGACGAACAGCGAUUGCUGCGUGAGGUGACAGAAGACCUUGAGCUCCCGCCCAAUAGGGUCGCUUCCAAUGAAUCUUGGAUCGCCGUGACGAACCACUCUCUGGUCAUUCCGAGCAUAGAGGAUCCCAACACCAAUCUUGGAUGCGAGGGGCAGAAGACCCCAGAACCAAAUGCCGAGCAGAGAGACGAUGCCAGCGACCAAACCGAGUUGAUCUUGACAAGAGCAAGAAGCGCAGACCGAUUCAUCCCUGAGGGACUUUACUAUCAGAAUUCAGUGGACGUAUUUGAAGAGGAUGAAGAAGAACUCCCAGAGGACUUUACUCCGGGACAGCCAGUCACGGAGGCUUUGAUCAAGGAGCUCAACAUAGAGAGACUGGGCGGGUUUUUCACAACCCUUGAGAACGUCCGAAACGAAAGCCCCGAGCGAUUGAUUGCUGCCCGCGAUCCUAAAGCUGUGGCUACUUGGCGAGAUGGAAUUGCCGAGUUGACCUCGAUCGGCGAGAUGCUUCGUGACAGCAAAGCAGUACACUGGUUCCAACAAGCUCUUUCAACUGCAGGCAAUGAUGGAGAAUUGUCUGCCAUGGAUUACAAGCCAAGUCGAGCUGAGAUUGAAGCUGCUCUCGCGCAUCCAGAUGCGCCCGUCAUUCAGGGUUGCCAGCCACAGGAAUUUUUCGACGAAUGCCAUCUUCUCAAGAAAUCUAUUUACAUAGAUUCCCUGGCAAAGGAAAAAUACACCGCUCAAGUGCAGCCGGCUAUGUCCCGAAACGAAGUCAUCUUCGCUGAGUGGGAUCGAGCGGAUGCAGUAGCCUCCAUACACAAACACAACCAGCAGCCAAGGCUCGAGGAGCAAGAACAAGAGAGCGCGGAAGCUGCUAGCCGCCGACGUCUCAAGAUCUACCAAGCUGUGGAGAGAAAUCUUAUCGAGGGCCGGCGCCUUGCGGUCAAAAUCAAUCGCGAGGCGACCGCCGCCUUUCAAAUGUGCCAGUACUUGGACAAGGUCUACGAGACCAUGAGGGAACAAAUCCUCCAUCGUGCCGAAGAAUGUGGCCAUGAGCCAACUGACGACCUACAACAUGCCAUGGAGCUCAUCCGAAGAACGCAGCGGGAAGAACAGAUCACCUACCUCAAGUAUGAGAACUUCGAGUCUGCGGAUAUCGAAAGUCCCGAGUCCGAGGUGGCUGCUCGCUAUGGCUGCGAUUAUCAAGAAAUUGCCGGUUACCAUGUCGACAUGACCGUUGAUCCAACCGACGAGUUCUUUUGA